ACGCAGAGAAACAGGAAGUUUUCAGUGAUGUCUCAGAGUUUUGGACCCCUCUGUAUAAAGAGCUCCAGUCAUGAAUAUACUUUUCUGUAGCGCCUGACGAUUUCGCGCUGUUAUCCUUGAUAUAUUUAAACUGAGAGGAUCAUUUAAAAGCGUGACAUCACGAAGAACACUCCGAGAGCCUCUGUGACACAUUCAGUAGUUGGUAAGAGAGACCAGUAGGGGGUAGGAUCGUUUUCCCCUGAUCUCCAGCCUCAAGCAGCCCAAGUUCGGUCUCAGUGCUGCAUGAACGCACAGCGAGAGGGGGAGGACACUUCCCUCUCCAGCAUCAAACGUGAGGGAUGCGCUUCAUCGCCUUAAGGGGCUGGAUGGAUGGAGCGACAGGGUCAUGAAGGUGACCGCAACCUCUGGUUUGGAUUUAGGGGGCCGUUUCCGCAGAAGGAGCCUAUCCAUAAUUAAUAAAAGCGAGUCGGAGAUCCUAGAACCGAAGCGCAACCACCGGCGAGUCAUGUCACCAACUGACAGCGCUUCCAGAGGAGCUGACGAGGAGGACAAAGGAGGAUGAAGGAGGCAGAGGAGGAUUAUAAUGAAGCUGAGUGGCAAAGGACUGUGCACCAUCGUCUCCAGCAGUCUGCUCUUCGUGUGCGCCGUGAGCGCCGUGGUCGUGGGAUUCAAAUGCAUCGCGUUGGGCUCCAGGGUGCGAGCGCACUUUCACCUGGCCACCGCGGCCGGCGCGUUUUACUCGGGCAUCCUGGUGACUCUCGGGCAGGUCCUGAUUGGGGUGGCGCUGGUCUUUUGCCGGGGCAAGCCCAGAUGUGCGAAUUUCUUCCUCUUUGGGAUCUUAGUGUUUCUUUUGGGGGUCCUGACGGCGUUCUCCGGCGCGGUGGUGGAUGGCGACACGGUGUCCCUGGUGGAGAAGAAGUACGCGCACUAUUGCCAGAACUCUGUGGAUGUAAACCCGGCGUGCGACCGGCUCAAAGUGUACCAACGGUGUCUGGUGGUCUCCACUAUCCUUAACACUCUGGAGUGCAUCCUGGGGCUGAUGAACCUGGUGAUCAUCAAGCGUUACCAAACGGCGCAGUUUCACCGGAGACGCCGGACGCAGAGGCGGAGCGCGCGGAUCGUGCUGAACGAGGAGCGCGACUUCGCGGUCACGGAGUUCCAGCCGGUGUCCUACAUCAAUUUGGCUGUGUUUCACGCGUUGAACGACGGGGAGGUGCAAAGCCGGGGCCACCCGUCCAUGGAGCUGCCGGGCUAUUCGCCCGCCAAUCCGGAGCUUAAUCACACGUACCCGUUUUCUUACCCGCUUCACAACGAGUUGCCACCUGCCUACGAGGACAUAUUCCCUUGAGAAGCGAGCAGCGAAUAGCAAAGAAGAGGAACCGAGUUGCAAUUUUGCAGUGACAAUCACGCAUUCGGCACGCUGAACUUGGAAUCGACACGAUUAUUUCUAUAUUACGGUGACCAACUGUUGCCUAAUAUACUUUUUAAUUCAGUGGAGGUUACAGCCAGCGCUCUGAACAAACCCUACAGUUGUUGAUAAACUACAAAACGAACCCAUGAGAAGGUAAACGUACUGAAAGGAUUAAAUAUACAUGCAAAAUUUGUUUUUUGACUGACCGAUUGUAUUCUCACUUCAUCCCUUGUCUAAAUCCCUAAGGUUUGUGUACAGGAUUCCCAUUGGACUUUUUGGAAUUUUAAGGAUCCUGAUUUUCUUACAGUAUUCCAGCAGGGCACAAAACAAAAAGAAGUUACCAAUUGGGCAAAAAGAACAAAUGAGAACGUAAACGUACUGGAAGUAUACAUGAAACUUUUUUUUGUUUUUUACUUUCCUGGUUGAUUGUAUUGCCAAAUAAUCCUUAGUCAAAAUCCACCCAACCAUAAAGGAUAUGUUUUAUAGGAUUUCAACAUGUGGCAAAACAAAAAGAAGUUCAGGACAAAAUGAGCCUAUGAUAAAAGGAAACUGAAAGAACAUUUGUUUUUUGACUCAUUGUUAGGUGUGUGAUGAUUUAGAACUAAUCAUUUAGAACCAGAAUCAUAAUUGUGUUAUUAUUCCAACAAAAUACCCAGAAAAUUCCCAGAAGGGCUAUUACGAUUUGCAACUGGAUAAAAUGUCCCUGUAGAACAUCAAAAGUAUUCUGAAAGGCCUGCAAUAAGACAUCUUGUAUUCAGCCUCAUGAUUUCUUUAUAAUCUCUUCAUCCCUGAUGUUUCAGACAAAAAGCCACUGCUGCUGCCCAUAUUAAAAUGACAGGCAACAACAA